CUUCUCGGCCACACUCCACCCCAAUCUCUGACCCACCCCUACUUUUCCUGGUUCGCGCCUGCGCAGACAGGCGUGGACGAUUACUUUUGACCCAGCUUAGUAGCCGUAGUCGGUCGGAGCGCCGGCGGUGGGGGAUUCUGGGAGAAGAUGGCGGCCGCCGUUCACCCUCGGGUUGUCCGGGCCCUGCCAAUGUCACGUUCUUCUAUUACUGCAAUAGCCACAUCCGUGUUUCAUGGCCCACCCCAGCGCCAGCUUCAUCAUGCACUCAUACCUCAUGGGAAAGGCGGGCGCUCCUCAGUCAGUGGGGUUGUGGCCACUGUGUUUGGAGCAACAGGAUUCCUGGGCCGAUAUGUUGUCAAUCGCCUUGGACGUAUGGGGUCACAGGUGAUCAUACCCUAUCGGUGUGAUACAUAUGACAUCAUGUACCUUCGUCCCAUGGGUGACCUGGGCCAGAUUAUCUUUUUGGAAUGGAAUGGGAGAAACAAAGAUUCUAUCCGAAGAGCAGUGGAGCACAGCAAUGUGGUCAUCAAUCUUGUUGGGCGAGAUUGGGAAACCAAGAAUUUUGAUUUUGAGGAUGUUUUUGUGAAGAUUCCCCUAGCGAUUGCUCAAGUGUCCAAGGAAGCUGGAAUUGAAAAAUUCAUUCAUAUUUCCCAUCUGAAUGCUGAUAUUAAAAGCUCUUCUAGAUAUCUGAGAAAUAAGGCUCUUGGAGAGAAAGAAGUGAGAAAUGCUUUUCCAGAAGCCACUAUCAUAAAGCCAUCGGACAUCUUUGGAAGAGAGGAUAGAUUCCUCAAUCAUUUCGCAAAUAUUCGCUCAUUUGGUGGUGUACCUUUUAUUUCCAUGGGCAAGAAGACAGUGAAACAACCAGUACAUGUUGUAGACGUAGCCAAAGGAAUUGUUAAUGCAAUUAAGGACCCAGAUGCCAGAGGGAAGACUUUUGUCUUCGUUGGGCCCAAUCGGUACCUCCUUUUUGACCUGGUGCAGUAUGUCUAUGCUGUGGCUCACAGACCCUUCCUCCCGUACCCUUUGCCACAUUUUGCCUAUCAAUUGGUGGCACGACUCUUGGAAGUGAGUCCAUUUGAGCCCUGGACCACGAGGGAUAAGGUGGAGCGGGUUCACAUCACAGACAUGACCCUGCCUCACCUCCCUGGCUUGGAGGACCUUGGUAUUCAGGCAACACCCCUGGAACUCAAGGCCACUGAGGUGCUGCGGCGUCAUCGCAGUUACCGCUGGCUGUCUUCUGAAAUGGAAGAGGUGAAGCCAGCCAAGACUGUCGACGUUUAGUGGCUCCUGAGCUGCCCUUGGUGUUUGGUGUCAUUCAGGUCACCUGGCUAGCGACCAGCCACUUUCGUCAGAGAAUCUUGUACAUAGUGAAUAAGAUCCCUCUCUUAAAACAUCUGGGGUUAAAUUCUGCUACCACAAUUUCUUUCUUGAUUUAUAAAAUGAGAAAUUCAGUCAUUUAGAAUUGGAGCAUAAUUUUCUCCAAAUAUAUAUAUUUAAUAAUGACAUAUAUAUCAUUUAUUCUCUGAAAUGCUGGAGGAUUUGAAUUUCCCUAUGUCAGGCCACUUCUAGCAUAUGUUCUGGAAGACAAGGUGUCUUUUUAAUGUCAAAAUAUUAUGAAGACCCCAAGUGAUAUGUGAUUGUCUUUUUUUUUGUGUGUGAGGAAGAUCAGCCCUGAGCUAACAUCCAUGCCAAUCGUCCUCUUUUUGCUGAGGAAGACCGGCUCUGAGCUAACAUCCAUUGCCAAUCCUCCUCCUUUUUUUUUCCCCCAAAGCCCCGGUAGAUAGUUGUAUGUCACAGUUGCACAUCCUUCUAGUUGCUGUAUGUGGGACGCGACCUCAGCAUGGCCAGAGAAGCCAGAUCCGAACCCGGGCCGCCAGUAGUGGAGCGUGCGCACUUAAGCCACGGGGCCAGCCCUGUGAUUGUCUUUUAAUAUCCGUUAUUUGAGAAAAGAAUGUCCUAUAACUAAUCUGAAUUUAUUCACAUUUAAGAUAUUUUUAAAAAUUUGUCUUAAAGAUAUCUACAUACAUUUUAAAAAUAGUACAUACAUAUAAAAACGUCUGUAGACAUGGAUUCUCAACCACUUACAGUAAUUUCAUAGUCCUCUGCUCAGAUCUGAGCUACCUGAGGCCUCUGUCCCCUGCUGUUAGGACACCAUCCAGAGGAUUUCAGAUAACAUGUAUAGAUGGAAACUCUCCUGUGCAGGAGGUGCUGCACCCUCUCUUCAGUAAUGCCAAUGCUUAGGAAUUAGAACUUUUUGUGUAAGUUGUUAAUAUUGCAGCCAAGAUCCAGAUGAACAGUUGGUUUAGUGUUGGCAAAUCCCUCAGUACAAUACAAUUGAAAAUUCCCAUAAUUUGCGAUGAAGCCAACACACCACUAUCCCGUAGGUCCCAUAGUGACCCCAGGUUGGUCACUGCAUUUCCCCACAAUUCAGCCCCUUGAUCUGUAGGAUGGGAAUGUUAGUGAAAACCCUGUUCAGUUAUAGGAAUGCCCAUCUCAUCCUUACAGAGUAAGGCACAUGAAUGUUGAAGGGGAGUUCUCUGCCUGCCCUCUCAGCAUGCUCCAGUCUUUUGUCCCAAAAUGGACAGAAAUGUGCUAUUCAAGAUGUGGUCCACAGGCAGCAGCAUCAGCAUCACGAGGAGCUUGUUAGAAAUGCAGAAUACCAGGCCCACCCCAGGCAGGUUGAACCAGGAUCUGCAUUUUAAAAAGCUCCCCGGAAGAUUUGUUUGCACAUUAGUGUAAAGAGCACUGAUGUACAGCAGUGCCGCAUCAGAGUUGUACGAUUUCUGUUAUUAAUUCAGGUGCCUGAGCCCCACCCCAGGCCUACUGAAUCAGAACCUCUAGAGAAAAAGCCCAGAAAUUUUAUGUUUAUUAAACAUGCCAGUUUAUUCUCAGGUACACUAAUAUGUGAGAGUCAGUGUUGUAGGGAAAGGAGCCCAACUCCAGCUUAAUUUUUUUCUUCAGUUAUCUGUUGUUAUUUCAGAAGAUAUCCCUGCUGGCCAUAAGCCAGACAGUAGGCACACAGAUGAAUGGAUUUGACUUGAAAAGAAAUAAUAAUUCUAUAGUGUACAGCAUCUUCUCUCACAGUAUCUGCAUGUUCUGGCAAUGCUGUUUCACAUCUCUUCUAUUUGUGUCGUAACUCAUAAUGCUACAUACUUGCUUUCUCUAAAACCAUCAAUCAACCAGGGUAGUUCCUUCCUGUCACACCGAUGCCCCCGCUUAUGUUUUGUAAUGCAUCGUUUAUGAUCCUAAUAUGAAGGUCAUAGCUACUAUAACCUAUCUAACAUGUAAUCAAAGUACGAUGCCUUACCUGAUAUAAACAGGAAAUUAAAGGAAAGUAACACAUAAUAAAAUAA